AUGGCUGAGGUGUCGCUGAAUUCGUUGAAGAUUGUGAAGUUAAAUGGCUCGAACUAUCGAGCAUGGUCGUUCAAUAUGCGUUUAUACUUGGAAAGCCUAGAUCUGUUUGAGCAUGCAGAAGGUACGGCUGAAAGUCCUGGAAGUAGUGCUACUGAGAACGUACGUCGAAGCUUCAAUUCUAGUGCGAAGAAAGCGUGGACUCACAUCUGUUUAGCCAUUGAACCGGAGUAUCAAAUACACGUGCGAGAUACGAGAACAGCGAAAGAAGCUUGGGAUGCUUUAAAAGGUCAGUUUGCUCGUGAAUCAUUGUUGCAAAAAGUUAGGCUACGACAGCAAUAUUAUUCUUGCCGUUUUCGUCCGGGAGAUAAUAUGUUAGAGCAUAUAAGUCACUUAAGAUCAUUACAUGACCAAUUGAAAGAGAUGGGAGUAAAUAUUGACGAUAAAGAACUGGCAAUGACACUCCUAGCGAGUUUGCCUGAGAAGUUCAAACCGUUAAUAACUGCCCUUGAUGCCGUUGGUGACGAGAAUGUAUCUUAUGAAAAGGUGAAAAACAUGCUUCUAAAUGAUAUUGAUCGUAGUAGUGAUGCAAAGGGUUCUGAUGAUGCAUUUGCUGCCAGUCGUGUCUGGAAUAAGAAAGGACAACAUAAUGGCAACUGGAAUAAAGAGAAGAAAAGAGUAUUUAAGGGCAAGUGCCAUAAUUGUCAGGAAAGGGGACAUUAUGCCCGAGACUGCCCAAAGAGAAAUGCUGACAGUGCAAAUCGAAAAGAAAGCAAGGGAUCAGCUCGCUGUGCUGAAAAGGACGAUGGUGAUUUUAUUACUGAGGACGAAGCAUUGUUUACUUCUGAUCUAUUACAUAAUUCUGGAUGGAUUAUUGAUUCUGGAGCUACACAACACAUGACAUUUGACAAGAGUAAUUUAUCAGAUUAUGUAGAGUUUAAGCAACCGUGUAUUGUUAAUCUCGGGGACAAUCGUUCUAUAUUAGCUUAUGGUAAGGGAACAUAUCGUAUUGUUGCUGAUCUUGGAGACCAUGUUCAAAAUAUAAGUCUUCGUGAUGUGUUAUACUUGCCUGAUCUGGAAAAGAAUUUACUUUCUGUCCGAGCUAUGGUCAAGUUAGGAGCUAAUGUUAGAUUCGAAGGUGAGGGAUGCGAGAUUACACGAAAUUCAAAGCUAUUGGCUGUGGGCAAGAUGCAAGGAAAGCUUUAUAUGCUAAAGAUUGUUACUGUUGAUCAUGCAAACAUUGCAAAAGAGGAUUUAAAUUUAAAGUUAUGGCAUUAUCGCUAUGGUCAUUUGGGAAUGGACAAUGUAAAUAAGUUGAUGAAAGGUGAAAUGGUUCAAGGAAUGGACUGUGUGAUGGACGGUGAAAGUGAUUCAGUUUGUGAAGGAUGUAUAAUGGGUAAACAACAUCGAACAAAGUAUCCAAGUGGAGUGGCGAAGCGUGCAACUGAACCUUUUGAGUUGGUUCAUAGUGAUGUUUGUGGUCCGAUGUCAGUUAAUUCCAUUGGUGGUUCUAGAUAUUUUGUCACAUUUAUUGACGAUUACACGAGAUACACGUAUGUUUACUUUAUCAAGCAUAAAGAUGAAGUGUUGGCAAAAUUUAAAGAAUUUGUUAACUUGGCAACAAACCUCACUGGUAAGAGUGUUAAAACAUUACGUACGGACAAUGGUGGCGAGUAUUGUUCAAAGGAAUUUGAAUCAUUCCUUAAAGAGAAAGGAAUUGUACAUCAGUUAACUGUUCCCUACAAUCCAGCACAGAACGGUGUGUCGGAACGAAUGAAUCGCACUCUAGUAGAAUCGACAAGGUCUAUGAUGUCACAUGGGAAGACGCCAGUUGAAUUCUGGGCUGAAGCCAUCAAUACCGCAGUAUAUCUGAGAAAUCGUAGUCCAACUACAUCCCUUAAAGAAAUAACACCUUAUGAAUGUUUGUUUAAACAAAAGCCAGAUGUUUCCAACCUUAGAGUUUUUGGCUGUGAGGCGUUCGCUCACAUCCCAGAAAAGCAACGCAAGAAAUUUGAUGAAAAGUCUCGGAAAGCUGUAUUCAUUGGCUAUCCUGAAGGGACAAAGGGUUAUAAACUUUAUGAUCCAUCAACUCGAAAGUUUAUCCGCAGUAGAGAUAUUGUAUUCGUGGAAGGGAAAUUUCAUGAUUUCAAAGACGGUUGUUCAGGGAAAACGUGCACCGAUUUUUAUAUCCCAGUAGAUGAUGUUAUUCCUCAAGUAGAAAUUCAAGAUGUACCAGCUGUUGUUAUUGAAGGUGAUCAUAAUGAAUUAGUUGAUGAAGAGAAUGAACGGGAAGAAGUUCAUGUUCAACCAGUGGGAGCAACAUAUGAGGAGAACUUUAUGAGAGAGACUGGAAAUCUAGGUGAUAAGAGACAGCGUAGAGCUCCUUCUAGAUUUGAUGACAAAUGUUAUGUUGCAGAUAAUCUUACAGCUGAUAUAAAUGAACCUGUACAUAUUCAAGAAGCAUGGACAGGAGAUCAUUCUGUUGAGUGGAAAGAAGCAACAGAUUCUGAGUACGAAUCACUCAUGAAGAAUGAUACUUGGGAACUUGUACCACCUCCUAAAGGAAAGAACAUUGUUGGAAGUCGUUGGGUGUUUAAAGUUAAACAUACGGCAGACGGUUCGGUUGAAAGAUUUAAGGCUCGAUUAGUCGCGCAGGGAUAUUCGCAAUCUCAAGGAAUUGACUAUCAAGAAAUCUUUUCACCUGUGGUGCGUUAUACUUCAAUUAGAUCCUUAUUAGCUGUGGCAAAUAUUUGUGAUUGGGAGAUUAGCCAAAUGGAUGUCAAGACAGCUUUCCUACAAGGUGAACUAGACGAAGUAAUUUUUAUGAAGCAACCCGAAGGUUACGUAGAUCAAGAAAGGCCUGAUCAUGUGUGCAAGCUAAAUAGAAGUAUUUACGGCCUAAAACAAGCUGCACGAUGUUGGAAUUCUGCUAUUGACACUUUCCUGAUAUCAAAUGGGUACACAAAGUCGAAUGCAGAUCCAUGUAUAUACAUCAAGUCCAUCAAGCGCAAGAAUGGAAAGAUUGACUUUGUUAUACUAGCUCUGUACGUUGAUGAUAUCUUGUGGUUUUCUAACAACACAGAAAUGCUGAAGAAAGAGAAAGAAGCACUAGCUAAAAGAUUCCAAGUAGAAGAUAUGGGAGAAGUAAGUUAUGUUCUUGGUAUGUCUGUGAAGCGAAAUCGUGAAGCAAGGACACUUACUAUUAACCAGCCAAAGUACUUGGAAGGAGUACUGAAGAGAUUUGGAAUGCAGGAGUGUAAAGCUGUUUCAACGCCAUUGGAACCAGGGAGGAAAUUUGAAUCAUUAUCAGAGAAUGAUACACCAAUUGAUGUUCGAGAGUAUCAGAUGGCAAUAGGUUGUUUAACGUAUGCAACUAAUGCUACACGUCCAGACUUAGCUGCUGCAGUCGGAAUUCUUUCAAAGUAUAUGGCUAGACCUGGAAAAGAUCAUUGGCAGGGAGUAAAAAGAGUUCUACGAUAUGUUAAAGGGACACUUCAUUCUGGUCUCACGUUUACUGCUCAUGGUAAUAAUCCUGUAUUGUAUGGUUAUGCUGAUGCUGACUGGGGAGGCGAUGUCGAAACUCGACGUUCUACAUCUGGAUAUGUGUUCCAGAUACAGAACAACACGAUUAGUUGGUGCAGUAAAAGGCAAGCAUCCGUUUCAAGAUCAACAACAGAAGCAGAGUACAUUGCCUUGAGUACUGCAUGUCAAGAAGCAGUUUGGCUCAGAAGAUUACUUUCUGAUAUUGGUUUGAAGCAAGAUGUUCCAUCGACAAUCUUCGAGGACAAUCAAGGGGCGAUUGAACUCUCUAAGAAUCCAAAAUUUCACAAUCGCACUAAACAUAUUGACGUGUCUUUUCAUUUUAUAAGAGAACAAGUCAAUCGUAAUAUAGUUUGUGUUAAGUAUGGUCGAACUGAGAACAUGCUAGCUGAUGUAAUGACAAAAGCUUUACCAAAGGUAUCUUUUGAAAGGUUUAGAGACAUGAUGGGAGUAAAAGACAUUGUAUGA